CGCGACGUGAGCGCGCGACCUCCGGCGCCAUUUUGUAGAGAAACAAGCGGAGUUAACCGAAGAGGGGUUUGAAGAGAGCCGGCGUCGAGGACCCAAGAGUUUCCCGUGUCCAGCACUGCCGGAGCCGCCUGAGGUGCCAUGUUUCAGAACACAGUAAGGUCCCUGGUAAAGAAGAACUGAAGAUACUAUACAGAUACUAGAUAUAGGCCAAUUACAAAGAAAGCAUUAACCUGCCUCUGAGGUGACUAAAGGGGAAUAAUGGUGAUUUUGCGCCGGGCUCGGCCGCCUGCUUCCGCCCCAACCAGCAAUGAAUCUUGACUCGCUCUCGCUGGCCUUGUCUCAAAUCAGCUACCUGGUGGACAAUUUAACCAAGAAAAACUACCGAGCCAGCCAGCAGGAAAUACAGCAUAUUGUGAAUCGGCACGGUCCUGAGGCAGAUAGGCAUUUAUUACGCUGCCUAUUUUCACAUGUGGAUUUCAGUGGCGAUGGUAAAAGCAGUGGCAAAGAUUUUCAUCAGACUCAGUUUCUGAUUCAGGAGUGUGCGUCGCUGAUUACGAAGCCAAAUUUUAUCUCGACGCUGUCCUAUGCUAUUGAUAAUCCAUUGCACUAUCAGAAGAGUUUGAAGCCUGCACCCCACUUAUUUGCCCAGCUGAGUAAAGUUCUCAAGUUAAGCAAAGUACAAGAGGUCAUUUUUGGCCUUGCCCUCUUGAAUUCUUCCAGCUCAGAUCUCAGAGGUUUUGCUGCCCAGUUUAUCAAACAGAAGCUUCCAGAUCUUCUGCGUUCUUACAUUGACGCAGACGUCAGUGGAAAUCAAGAAGGUGGCUUCCAAGAUAUAGCAAUAGAGGUCUUACAUCUCCUCCUCUCCCAUCUCCUCUUUGGGCAGAAGGGAGCAUUUGGAGUUGGACAGGAACAGAUAGACGCUUUUCUUAAUACGCUGCGCAGAGCAUUUCUUAACCUUGAUAUUGAGGGUGGUAGCAUUUUUCUGAAGUUUAAUUUCUGUUUCAGUAUUGAAGAAUGUCGCAAUAUAAUCAUGCAAUUUGGUGUUCGGGAGGUCACAGCUGCCCAGGUUGCAAGAGUUUUGGGAAUGAUGGCACGAACUCAUUCAGGAUUAACAGAUGGAAUUCCAUUACAGAGUAUCUCUGCUCCUGGCAGUGGGAUCUGGAGUGAUGGAAAAGAUAAAAGUGAUGGAGCACAGGCACACACAUGGAAUGUAGAAGUCUUGAUUGAUGUUCUCAAAGAACUAAACCCGAGUUUGAAUUUUAAGGAAGUAACUUACGAACUAGACCAUCCUGGGUUUCAAAUUCGUGACAGUAAAGGACUUCAUAAUGUGGUUUAUGGCAUUCAGAGGGGUCUGGGUAUGGAAGUGUUCCCAGUAGAUCUCAUAUAUAGACCUUGGAAACAUGCAGAAGGCCAGCUCUCCUUCAUUCAGCAUUCCCUUAUAAACCCAGAGAUCUUCUGUUUUGCUGACUAUCCCUGUCAUACUGUUGCCACUGAUAUUUUGAAAGCACCACCAGAGGAUGACAAUCGAGAAAUUGCCACAUGGAAGAGCUUGGAUUUGAUUGAGUCUUUGCUUAGGCUUGCAGAGGUGGGGCAGUACGAGCAAGUCAAACAGCUCUUCAGCUUCCCUAUCAAACAUUGUCCAGAUAUGCUGGUAUUGGCCUUACUACAAAUCAACACCUCUUGGCACACCUUGCGCCAUGAACUCAUCUCCACCCUGAUGCCAAUUUUCCUUGGAAACCAUCCUAACUCUGCUAUUAUUUUGCACUAUGCAUGGCAUGGGCAGGGACAGUCACCCUCAAUCCGCCAACUUAUCAUGCAUGCGAUGGCAGAAUGGUACAUGCGAGGGGAGCAGUAUGACCAGGCCAAAUUGUCUCGAAUACUUGAUGUUGCCCAGGACUUGAAGGCCUUGUCAAUGCUGCUAAAUGGUACUCCAUUUGCCUUUGUUAUUGACCUUGCUGCACUUGCUUCACGUCGUGAAUACCUCAAACUUGACAAAUGGCUCACAGAUAAGAUUCGAGAGCAUGGAGAGCCUUUUAUCCAGGCAUGUAUGACUUUUUUAAAGAGACGGUGCCCUUCUAUUUUGGGUGGACUUGCCCCAGAGAAAGAUCAGCCCAAAAGCGCUCAACUUCCUCCAGAAACUCUGGCAACAAUGUUGGCCUGUUUACAAGCUUGUGCAGGGAGUGUUUCUCAGGAGUUAUCAGAAACCAUCCUCACUAUGGUAGCCAACUGCAGUAAUGUUAUGAACAAGGCCAGACAACCACCACCUGGUGUUAUGCCAAAAGGACGCCCUCCUAGUGCUAGCAGCUUAGAUGCCAUUUCUCCUGUUCAGAUUGACCCUCUCGCUGGAAUGGCAUCUCUUAGUAUAGGUGGUUCUGCUGCCCCUCACACCCAGAGUAUGCAGGGUUUUCCUCCAAAUUUGGGUUCUGCAUUCAGUACUCCUCAGUCACCAGCAAAAGCAUUUCCACCGCUUACAACCCCAAAUCAGACUACUGCAUUCAGUGGUAUUGGAGGACUUUCAUCCCAGCUUCCAGUAGGUGGUCUUGGCACAGGCAGUCUGACUGGUAUAGGAACUGGGGCUCUUGGACUCCCUGCAGUGAAUAACGAUCCUUUUGUGCAGAGGAAACUGGGCACCUCUGGACUGAACCAGCCUACAUUCCAGCAGAGUAAGAUGAAACCUUCGGACUUGUCUCAGGUGUGGCCAGAGGCAAAUCAGCACUUUAGUAAAGAGAUAGAUGAUGAAGCAAACAGCUAUUUCCAGAGAAUAUAUAAUCACCCACCACAUCCUACCAUGUCUGUUGAUGAGGUAUUAGAAAUGCUACAGAGGUUUAAAGACUCCACCAUAAAGAGGGAACGAGAAGUAUUUAACUGUAUGCUAAGGAACUUGUUUGAAGAAUACCGGUUUUUUCCCCAGUACCCUGAUAAAGAGUUACAUAUAACAGCCUGCCUGUUUGGUGGGAUAAUUGAAAAAGGACUGGUCACUUACAUGGCACUAGGUCUUGCCCUGCGAUAUGUUCUUGAAGCCUUACGCAAGCCUUUUGGGUCCAAAAUGUAUUAUUUUGGGAUUGCUGCACUAGAUAGAUUUAAAAACAGAUUGAAGGACUAUCCCCAGUAUUGUCAGCACUUGGCUUCUAUCAGUCACUUUAUGCAAUUUCCACAUCAUUUACAGGAGUAUAUCGAGUAUGGACAGCAAUCUAGAGACCCUCCUGUGAAAAUGCAGGGCUCUAUCACAACCCCUGGAAGUAUUGCACUGGCUCAGGCCCAGGCUCAGGCCCAAGUUCCAGCAAAAGCUCCCCUUGCUGGUCAAGUUAGCACUAUGGUAACCACCUCAACAACCACCACUGUUGCUAAAACAGUUACAGUCACCAGGCCAACCGGAGUCAGCUUUAAGAAAGAUGUGCCACCUUCUAUUAAUACUACAAAUAUAGAUACGUUACUUGUGGCUACAGAUCAAACAGAGAGAAUUGUAGAACCCCCAGAAAAUAUUCAAGAGAAAAUUGCUUUUAUCUUCAACAAUCUCUCACAGUCAAAUAUGACACAAAAGGUUGAAGAACUAAAAGAAACUGUGAAGGAAGAAUUUAUGCCUUGGGUUUCACAAUAUCUGGUUAUGAAGAGAGUCAGUAUUGAGCCAAACUUUCACAGCCUAUAUUCAAACUUCCUUGACACUCUGAAGAAUCCUGAAUUCAAUAAGAUGGUUCUGAAUGAGACCUAUAGAAACAUCAAAGUGCUCCUGACCUCUGAUAAAGCUGCAGCCAAUUUCUCAGAUCGUUCUUUGCUGAAGAACUUGGGACAUUGGCUAGGAAUGAUCACACUAGCUAAAAAUAAACCCAUUUUACACACUGACUUGGAUGUAAAAUCUUUGCUGCUAGAGGCUUAUGUUAAAGGACAGCAAGAGUUGCUCUAUGUAGUGCCCUUUGUUGCCAAAGUCUUAGAGUCUAGCAUUCGUAGUGUGAUUUUUAGGCCACCCAAUCCCUGGACAAUGGCAAUUAUGAAUGUAUUAGCAGAGCUACAUCAGGAACAUGAUUUAAAGUUAAACUUGAAGUUUGAGAUUGAGGUCCUCUGCAAGAACCUUGCAUUAGACAUCAAUGAGCUAAAACCUGGAAACCUCUUAAAGGAUAAAGAUCGCCUAAAGAACUUAGAUGAGCAACUCUCUGCUCCAAAGAAAGAUGUUAAGCAGCCGGAAGAACUCCCUCCCAUCACAGCCACAACAACUUCAACAACACCAGCUACCAGUACCACCUGUACAGCCACAGUUCCACCACAGCCACAAUACAGCUACCACGACAUCAAUGUCUACUCCCUUGCAGGCCUGGCACCACACAUUACUUUAAACCCAACAAUUCCGUUGUUUCAGGCCCAUCCGCAGUUGAAGCAGUGUGUGCGCCAAGCAAUUGAACGGGCUGUCCAGGAGCUGGUCCAUCCUGUGGUGGAUCGAUCGAUCAAGAUUGCUAUGACUACUUGUGAGCAAAUAGUCAGAAAGGAUUUUGCCCUGGAUUCUGAGGAAUCUCGAAUGCGAAUAGCAGCUCAUCACAUGAUGCGUAACUUGACAGCUGGAAUGGCUAUGAUUACUUGCAGGGAACCUUUGCUCAUGAGCAUAUCUACUAACCUGAAAAACAGUUUUGCCUCAGCCCUUCGUACUGCAUCCCCACAACAAAGGGAAAUGAUGGAUCAGGCAGCUGCUCAGUUAGCUCAGGACAAUUGUGAAUUAGCUUGCUGUUUUAUUCAGAAGACUGCAGUAGAAAAAGCAGGCCCUGAAAUGGAUAAGAGAUUAGCAACUGAAUUUGAGCUGAGAAAACAUGCUAGGCAAGAAGGGCGCAGGUACUGUGAUCCUGUUGUGUUAACAUACCAAGCUGAGCGGAUGCCAGAGCAAAUCAGACUGAAAGUUGGUGGUGUGGACCCAAAACAGCUUGCUGUUUAUGAAGAGUUUGCACGCAAUGUGCCUGGCUUCCUACCUACAAAUGAUUUAAGUCAGCCCACAGGAUUUUUAGCUCAGCCCAUGAAGCAAGCUUGGGCAACUGAUGAUGUAGCUCAGAUUUAUGAUAAGUGCAUUACAGAACUGGAACAGCACCUACAUGCUAUCCCACCAACUUUGGCCAUGAAUCCUCAAGCUCAGGCUCUUAGAAGUCUUUUGGAGGUUGUGGUAUUAUCUCGAAACUCUCGGGAUGCCAUAGCUGCUCUUGGAUUGCUCCAGAAGGCUGUGGAAGGCUUACUAGAUGCCACAAGUGGUGCUGAUGCUGACCUCCUGCUGCGCUACAGGGAAUGCCACCUCUUGGUCUUGAAAGCUCUUCAAGAUGGCCGGGCUUAUGGGUCUCCAUGGUGUAACAAACAGAUCACAAGGUGCCUAAUUGAAUGUCGGGAUGAAUAUAAAUAUAAUGUGGAGGCAGUGGAACUGCUAAUUCGUAAUCAUUUGGUUAAUAUGCAGCAGUAUGAUCUUCACCUAGCUCAGUCAAUGGAGAAUGGUUUAAACUACAUGGCAGUGGCAUUUGCUAUGCAGUUGGUAAAAAUCUUGCUGGUGGAUGAAAGGAGUGUUGCUCAUGUUACUGAGGCAGAUCUGUUCCACACCAUUGAAACCCUCAUGAGGAUUAAUGCUCAUUCCAGAGGCAAUGCUCCAGAAGGAUUGCCCCAGCUGAUGGAAGUAGUGCGAUCCAACUAUGAAGCAAUGAUUGAUCGUGCUCAUGGAGGCCCCAACUUUAUGAUGCAUUCUGGGAUCUCUCAAGCCUCUGAGUACGAUGAUCCUCCAGGCCUGAGGGAGAAGGCAGAGUAUCUUCUGAGGGAAUGGGUGAACCUCUACCAUUCAGCUGCAGCUGGCCGUGACAGUACCAAAGCUUUCUCUGCGUUUGUUGGACAGAUGCACCAACAAGGAAUCCUGAAGACUGAUGACCUCAUAACAAGGUUCUUUCGUCUGUGUACUGAAAUGUGUGUUGAAAUCAGUUACCGUGCUCAGGCAGAGCAGCAGCACAAUCCUGCUGCUAAUCCUACCAUGAUCCGUGCCAAGUGCUAUCACAACCUGGAUGCCUUUGUCCGACUCAUUGCACUGCUAGUGAAACACUCAGGGGAGGCCACCAAUACUGUCACAAAGAUUAAUCUGCUGAACAAGGUUCUUGGUAUAGUAGUGGGAGUUCUCCUGCAGGAUCAUGAUGUUCGGCAAAGUGAAUUUCAGCAGCUUCCCUACCAUCGAAUUUUUAUCAUGCUGCUCUUGGAACUCAAUGCACCUGAACAUGUAUUGGAAACCAUUAAUUUCCAGACACUUACAGCUUUCUGCAAUACAUUCCACAUCUUGAGGCCUACCAAAGCUCCUGGCUUUGUGUAUGCCUGGCUUGAACUGAUCUCCCAUAGAAUAUUUAUUGCAAGAAUGCUGGCACAUACGCCACAGCAGAAGGGAUGGCCUAUGUAUGCACAGCUACUGAUUGAUUUAUUCAAGUAUUUAGCACCUUUCCUUAGAAAUGUGGAACUCACCAAACCUAUGCAAAUCCUCUACAAGGGUACUCUAAGAGUGCUGCUGGUUCUUUUGCAUGAUUUCCCUGAGUUCCUUUGUGAUUACCAUUAUGGAUUCUGUGAUGUGAUCCCACCUAAUUGUAUCCAGCUAAGAAAUCUGAUCCUGAGUGCCUUCCCAAGAAACAUGAGGCUCCCAGACCCAUUCACUCCUAAUCUGAAGGUGGAUAUGUUGAGUGAAAUAAACAUUGCACCCCGUAUCCUCACCAAUUUUACUGGAGUGAUGCCACCUCAGUUCAAAAAGGAUUUGGAUUCCUAUCUUAAAACUCGGUCACCAGUUACUUUUCUGUCUGAUCUGCGCAGCAACUUACAGGUCUCUAACGAGCCUGGCAAUCGCUAUAACCUCCAGCUCAUCAAUGCACUGGUGCUCUAUGUAGGGACUCAGGCCAUCGCACACAUCCACAACAAGGGCAGCACACCUUCAAUGAGCACGAUCACCCAUUCGGCUCACAUGGACAUCUUCCAGAACCUGGCUGUGGACUUGGACACUGAAGGUCGGUAUCUGUUCUUGAAUGCAAUUGCAAAUCAGCUGCGGUAUCCAAAUAGCCACACUCACUACUUCAGCUGCACCAUGCUAUAUCUUUUUGCAGAGGCCAACACUGAAGCUAUCCAAGAACAGAUCACAAGGGUUCUCUUGGAACGGUUGAUUGUAAAUAGGCCACAUCCUUGGGGUCUUCUUAUUACCUUCAUUGAAUUGAUUAAAAAUCCAGCGUUUAAGUUCUGGAACCAUGAGUUUGUACACUGUGCCCCAGAAAUUGAAAAGUUAUUCCAGUCGGUUGCACAGUGCUGCAUGGGACAGAAGCAGGCUCAGCAAGUAAUGGAAGGGACAGGUGCCAGUUAGAUGGAACUGCAUCUCUGUUGUAAAUGUGUCAGCCUGGAGGUCCCACACCGUACCAAGUUCAUAAACUGGCUGAAGAAUCCUUUCAGCUGUUCCUGACUUUCCCAGCCCUUUGGUUCUUGGGUAUCCGACCCAGUUAAUGUUUGGGUCAGCUUCCUGUGUGGGCACGUUCCAAAGUUUAAAUGCAUUUUUUGACUCUUGGCCAAAAUUUAGAAGAUGCUGUGAAUAUCAUUUUGAACUUGUGUAAAUAUAUGAAAGAGAAAACCUU